AUGCGUUCUGGCCCAUGUGAGCAAAUCCCUCCGUGUUCCGGCACUGUGACCUCCAAGCGCGACAAACUCGGUGUCUUCCGUAUCACGGACGAACAAACCCAGCAGGCCAAGCAACUUGUCAAACUCUGUGACGGGGCAGAAGCAUCUCCCGUCUUCAAGCGCACCGUUGAAUCCGCCGACUCCAUCUACUCCCUUGAGUACCGUGAUACUCAGACCAAUCACGUCGGGCGCCGCGCCGCUUGUUUCACCAGGGACCAGAACGGCAACGUCAGGGGCACCGUCAAUGCCUGCAACACCACGUGGACCCCCACGCGCAGCAUUCCGGGCGCCAGCAACAACGACGCAGCUUUCGUUCAAGCUCUCACCCUGCGUAGCGACAAACGUACAGGCCUGCGUUCUCACGGUGAACCAUGA